CUAACAUGCUUAAUUUAACUAUCCCUAAAUGCGAUUAGAGCUCAUGGGUUCGUUGAAGAACAUGGCAGCCGGUAGAUAGCAAAAGCUUGUUACUAGCCACAGGCGCCCACUGGCGUACAUUAGCGCAAAGAUUUCGAGCAAACAAUUCGAGCAAACAACUAUGAAUCAAUGCCACCGUCGUGGGCGAACCGUACUUUUCUCGCAUACACUAGUAAACAGCAGUCGCGUCUUUAUAACAGUUUUCGCGUGCUCGCAAUCAUCGCGCUGCUCCUCGGUAGCAUCUAUGUAGCCGCAGGGCAGGCGUCGACUGAGAGGACGGGGAACUAUACCGGUGCUGUAGUUCCUCCUGAGUGCUCGACGUUCCUCAGCUCGUACAGGCUUUGUAUAGGUGACGGCGACUCAGACGCUGACGAUGUCGGCCUGGAUGGGCCCAUGCUAUGGUCGCCCUGCGCGAGAAGCCUUGGCCUUGAUGUACAGCCCGUCAAGAUGCUACUCCUCAGUCACAAAGUUGCCACCUUUGAGGACGCUAGCGAGGAAUCGCACGACCUUUCAUGGCUGGUCCAGGAAUACUCCAAUGCGUCAGGGGUUUCCUUCGAUUUGCGGACGGUCUCCUCCGAGUGGUGGUCUUCCCUCUCAAACAUGGGUAGCAGUGCGCUGGACGUCAAUCUCACCCAAUACGCAGCCUGGGUGGUGCCCCCCUCCGCUCUCAGCGGGCUGUACGACGCGGGACUGCUACAGCCGCUGGACUCGCUGCUAACCGUCAGCCCUGACCUCGCAAUCGUGUGGCAAGACAUCCCAGAAGUGUUCCGAGAAGUUGCUUCGGUGUACGACGGAAGCAUCCUGAGCAUUCCGUACACAGCAGAGAUACCGCUGCUGUUCUGGCGCAGAGACGUUUUCUCCCAGCUGGGGCUGAACCCUCCUGCCACGUGGGAGGAGGCGGUGGCAGUUGCCAGGCGCAUAAACGGAACACAGGUUCCCUGCAUCGACGACCCAUCCCAGCAGUGCGAGCAGGCGGGCUUCUGCUACGGCCUGCCCGAUGGCUGCUUCUACGACGGAAUGGCACUUGCCACGGUGUGGGCUUCCAUGGUGGGCGCGUACGGCACCGACGGGGGACUGUACUUUGAUCCAACCAACAUGAAGCCCCUGUUCACCGGCGCUGCCAUGAAGGAGGCCCUGCGGCUCUACCGAGAGCUGCUGCUGCUGGGUCCGAACGACACUGGGACAGCAUCCGGCGCUGCUUGCGGGCGGCAUUCCCUGGACGUCUACCUCCGCAAGUGCGCAAUUGGGGUGAGCUUGACCACACUGUUUAAGCAGUGGGGGUUUGCGGCUGACGGCACAAUGCGGGGCCGCUUUGGCGUGUCCAUGCUCCCAGGAGCGGACAAGGUGCAGGACAGGACAACAGGACUCCUCGCGCCAUGCACAUCGGCGUUGUGUCCAUUUGCUGAGAUGUACAACGGUACGACACUCAUCAGUCGGGUGCCGUACUUGGGCCGCGGAGCUUUCUCCCUGGCUAUCAACCGCCAGGCGCCUCCCAACCAUGUCAUGGCAUCGCUGCGCGCCUUCAUCUUCGCCAUGAAUUACAAGGAUGGAUGGACGUUGGCAAUGGACCCUGCCACAGACACCACGCCCGUGCGUACCGGGGACCUCUCGACUGACAUAGCCGAAUGGGGAGGGUGGGGAUUCAACCAAGAGGACAUGCAAGAGUACGUGGCUGCCAUCACAAAGUCGAUGGGGCAUCCCUGCAUGUCGGCGGGCAUGCGGAUCCCUGGAGCAGUGGACAUGGAGGUUGCGAUGGCGGAGGUGGCCACGGCAGUGCUUGACAACGGCGCAACGCCUGGAAGGCUGUGCGAGGUUCUUAACCAGCGCUAUUCCGAGAUGCUGAACCGGCGCUACGAUGGCAACCCGGCCGCCUUCCAAGCCGCGUACAUCCGUGACAUUGGCUACGGCGAGACCCGGGCCACCUCACGCCAACAAGAGCAGCAACCGCCACCGCCAAGCAGCGACUCAAGCCGCAGCCUGUCACCGGACGGCGUGUUGGGAUUGGCAGUGGGCAUGCCCGCCGCGGCGGUCCUGUUGGCUGUCGCAGGAAGCAUAGUGCUGCUGAAGUGGUGGCAGGCACGCAAGAGCAGCGGCAGGGGAGGCUGCGUGUUGUCCCCGCCUGGUUACUCUCCGGAUACCUCGCUUUGCAUCACGGACAUACAAUCAUCGACGAUGCUGUGGGAGGAGCUCGACCCAGGGGUCAUGGACGUUUCGUUGUCGCUGCACAACAGCUGUAUACGGCGCCUGCUUUCCAAGCACCAGGGCUACGAGUGCCACACGGAGGGAGACUCCUUCAUCAUUGCUUUUCCCAUGGCGGUUUGCGCGGUGGACUUUGCAAUGGAAAUGCAGGUCGCCCUGAUGCAUCUUCCAUGGCCUGAGGAGCUCCUGCUGAGCUGUCCGGACUGCUCUACCGUGUAUCACACCACAGCAGCAGCUACAGCGGCUGCAGCCAAAAUAGGGACACCUUACACACAAACCGUCACCGGAGUAGUAAGAGCGGGGGGAUCCAUUUCGGCAGCAGCUCAAGAAGCUUCUCAAGAUUCUGUUACAGGGUUUACAGCUGAAGGGGCGGGUGAUGAUGACCACCUGGCCCCUGCCUACUUCCACUCCCUUGCACUGUUGGCACAAGCGCUAGCCGGCAGCAGCAGGCAACAGUCCAUUACGCGGGAGUUUGAACGUAUACGUACGAUUAACAAUUCAGAGCGUCUGCUUGCAAGGCCUCCAACCAUGGUCAACGGUGUUGCAUGCAACGAUAGCAGCAAGCUGGAUGCCACCGCUGUAUCAGCAUCGCUUCUGGCGCUUCUGGAGCUUCCUUCUUUGUCCUCACCCCUGAGGUUACCCUCCACCGCUCUUUCACCUUCGUUUCGGAGGCAUCCACCCUCACGAGGAAGGACCCGACGGCAUCUCUUUACAGUUAGUACAAGCAGCGGCCAAGCGCACGCCUUCAACCUCUUCCGGGACUGCAAC